AUGGCGGUCUGGGGCAUUUCAUUGCUGAUUCUGUCCUUGACGUUUCUGAUACAUCGACACCCACCAAACACAUGGCGCCUGUCAUGGUCUCUCCUUCCGCCUCCCGACUCGAAACAGAUCAAGGCGACCCUCGAAGAAGACGAUGACAAGGAGAAGAGCCAGGCUAAGAGCGACGGUACGGCGGCAGUCAAGCAAGAGAAGGAAGCAGACACAGGGGAACCAGAAGUCAAAGUCCAAGAGGAGAGCGACGACGACCAAAGAACUCCCCAAGCGACGCCCGCCGCUCCCUCAAUCGCUGUCCCCGAGUUCAACCUCGACUCGUCCAACACCAACCUGCAAGAACCAGACACCAAAGACACUAUGCCGCCUCCCUCCUUCCCAGCAGCAGACUCUCAACAACGCGCCAUGCCUCCGCCUCCAAGGCCCUCCCCAAAACAACCAACAGCGCCUUCAUCACUCAUGCCACCACCCUCCUUCCCAGCUCCCAACUCACAACAACGUGCAAACAACUCUUCCUCUCUCAUGCCACCUCCUUCAAGACCAAACCGCUCAAACCUCGGUGUCCCUGCCAUCCCUGCCAGACAACCACCCCUCUCCGCCGCCGCUCAAGCCCGCGCACCACCCCCAAGAAUCGACACGCCAAAGUCCUCUUCCAGCAAGGUAAAACUCGCUCCCGGAUACUCCCCUCUCGACUGGGCCUCCCUAGCUGCAUCCAAGAACCUGUCCAAUGUUUCUUCAUUCACACGAGUUACACCCUCCAUGCUAGCAGAGAAGAAUGGCAGAAAGGGAAAUGAUGCGUGGAGUGUUUACAACGGCAAGGUGUACAACAUUACCCCUUAUGCGCCUUUUCAUCCUGGAGGUAGAGGAGAGUUACUCCGGGCUGCAGGAAAAGACGGGACCAAGUUGUUUAUGGAGGUGCAUCCCUGGGUCAAUUGGGAGGGCAUGUUGAAUUCGUGUCUUGUUGGUGUCAUGGUUUCGGAGAGUGAGGGUGAAGGUCUGGAUGCUAUGGAUUGA